GAGUAUAAUUUUAGCUUUUUUCUUUUUAAUUUUGAUUUUGGCAUCACAGAAGGCCUCAGAGAGAAAGGAGAGAGAGAGAGAGAGAGAGAGAGAAAGAAAAGGUUGUGUUUCUGUCUGGGUUUUGGAAUUUUGAGCCCCCAUCAAAGCCCCCAUUUGAAAGGUGGAAGCUUUAGCAUUCGGAUCGCGUAAUUGGGGUUUUGCACAUCGGUGGUGGUUUUGUUUGUUUGGAUGGCGAAUCUGUACGUGAAGGCGGUGCCACCGGCGGAUCUGAACAGGAACACGGAGUGGUUCACUUACCCCGGCGUUUGGACCACCUACAUCCUCAUCCUUUUCUUUUCUUGGAUCCUCGUUCUCUCCGUCUUCGGUUGUUCCCCCGGCAUCGCUUGGACCAUCGUUAAUCUCGCUCAUUUCGCUGUAACAUAUCACUUUUUUCACUGGAAGAAAGGAACUCCAUUUGCAGAGGACCAGGGGAUCUAUAAUAGAUUGACUUGGUGGGAGCAGGUUGACAAUGGAAAGCAGCUUACUCGUAACAGGAAGUUUCUAACAGUUGUCCCUUUGGUGCUGUACUUGAUAGCCUCACACACAACAGACUAUCAGAAUCCAAUGCUGUUCUUCAACACAGUGGCUGUGAUUGUGCUGGUUGUGGCAAAGUUCCCCCACAUGCAUAAGGUCAGGAUAUUUGGAAUCAAUGCUGAUAAGUGAAAUCAUGGUUACCUGCUCAAGAGCCUCUUCUCUUGUCCUUUUGUUCUGGAAAAAAAAGGUGUAUAGAAGGCAGAAUCGGAAGGAUACUCAAGUAAUGUUCUGUUGCCAACUGCUUCUAAAGUAUUAUUAAACAAAUAAUAAAUAUGUUGAGUUAUUUCUGUACAGUAGAGAAGUAUAUGUAUCGGAUUAUAACGGUGCUUCUAAAAUGUACCUCUCUUUUCCCCUUUAUUUCAUCCCUCACAACUCAAAUAUACAACAACGAUGAUCUUUUGCGUUUGCAUUAAA